AUGGCACCAUACGACAGUGACGACUCGUUCGACGAAGAACAGGACUACACCGAGACUAACGUUCUCCUCGGAUAUGCGUCCAAGGAUGCAGACGACGACACAAUAAGCCGCCUAGGCGGCCGACCGGAUUGGCUAGAACCCUCAAAACCGCCAUCCUCGUCCCUCGCCCGCUGCAAGGUCUGCAAUGACCUCAUGGUGGUCCUCCUCCAGCUGAACGCCGAGCUGAACGAGCGCUUCCCAGGCCACGAGAGGCGGCUGUACGUGUUCUCGUGCCGGAGGAAGUCAUGCCGGCGGAAGGAAGGCAGCAUACGCGCUCUGAGAGGCGUGCGCAUCUCACCUGAUUCGGCUGCGAAGGCCAAGGAGCGUAAAGAGAAAGAGCAAAGGGACAAGGAGGAGAGAGAGAAGGCCGAGGCGGAGAGGAAGGAGAAGGAGAAGGGUCUGGGCGAAGCACUGUUUGGCGUCCAAGGGAAAGGUGCAUUCGGAGCGGCUGGAACAGCAAAUCCAUUCUCCUCGGGCGGCAGCUCCGCAGGUGCGAACCCUUUCGCGAAGCCUGCUGCGAACCCCUUCAGCACAGCAAGCAGCCAGACGACACAACCACAAUCACCACAGCCCGAGGCCGAGCCCGAACCAGCAUCAUCAUCCAAAUACUCCACCAAGGACCUCCCCAAGACCUUCGCCGAGACACUCUCCCUCAACAACCCACAAGCACCCGAGAAACGUGGGCCGCCUCCCCCACCAGAGCCGUGGCCACCCGAGGCAGAGCAGCCGAAGCCCUACCCGCUAAGCUACCUUGCCGACGCGGACUACGAGACCCUGGACCCGAUCCCGGCGCCCAAGGACGUCCCAACGACCAGCAUGGAGAUUGACGACGGCGCUGGUGCAAGUUCCGGCGGCGGCAAGGAGGACAAGGACGUCUUCGAGAGCACCAUCGACAGCACGUUCCAGAAGUUCGCGGACCGGCUCGCGCAGAACCCAGACCAGUGCAUCCGGUACGAGUUCGGCGGGCAGCCGCUGCUGUACAGCAAGACGGACGCCGUGGGCCGCAGGCUGCACGACGGCAGCGCUGGCGGCCGCAUCCCGCCGUGCGAGAACUGCCGCGGCGAACGGACGUUUGAGGUGCAGCUCGUGCCGGGCGCGAUCGCGGAGCUCGAGAGCGAGGAGGAGGGGCUUGAGGGGAUGGACUGGGGUACUGUUGUUGUGGGCACGUGUGCCACGGACUGUGUGCCGGCGGGCACUGCGGAUGGGGAGGCUGGGUAUUUGGAGGAGUGGGCUGGUGUGCAGUGGGAGGAACUCACGCAGAGGAGGUAG